AUGGGUUCCACUUGUUCAAUACCAGAAGUCGGUCCACCGUUUCUUCACUCAUUUAAUGGCAAUAAAUCGACUCCAUCCGAGUCAACAAUUGAAACGAUUGAGCGACUAAUAGCCUGUGAUCGUAAAGGGAAAAAACACGGAAAACUGGAUUCAAACUGUGAUGUGAGUUAUCAUAAGAAAUUUUUAAUUCCAAGCGGUGCAUUUCGAAAUGAAGGUCGAUUAGUGAAACCUGAGUCUAAUGAGUUGUCAUCUAAAGUGUACACAUUCAAGGAGUACAAACAGUAUUUACAAGCUAAAAGGGAAUCCAAAGUAAUCUCAACUCCAGUUACAUCAUUAACCGAGAAAAAAGGAGUUAACAAUCAACGUUGUCGAACAGCAACAAUUCGUAAAAUAGGAAAAGACGAGAAACCCUCAUCCGUAUCAACCUCAACCUCUUCAUCUCCUUCAUCAUCUUCAUCAUCAUCAUCUCCUUUGGCGUCCUCAGUUGCUUCUUAUUCAAUAUCAAAUUCAAGUGCAGCCAAACUUGUUUCAUCGCCAGCUAAUAACAGUAAAAAGGUAACAUGGCAAAAGACUGGUCGUAAUUCAAGUGUUUCCGAUAAGGAAAGCUCAGAUGAUUCUGGUAUUGGAAGUCCAUUUGUACCAUUAGAACCAGUCUCGUUGAAAUCGAAACGAAGAGUCAGACCAACAGUUGAUAAUUUAGGACACAAAACGUGUUAUUGGCCGACUGCUUGA